CCGGGGUUUCAGUGAAAGCAGCGCUACAGGAAGUGCGGGCUGGGUGGGAAUCCGCGAGCGCGUCGAAUCCGUGCCUUGGGUUUGGUGGAUGGAGGCGUGGAGGACAGGCAGCAAACGGGGUGCCCAGUGCUGUUCCGCCGCCUCGGGACACCUGAACUCCUGGGAUCCCCUCCGAGAGUUCCCUGUUUGUUGGCAGGGUCUCAGGGAAGUCACUUUGUGGGAUACCCAGCUGCAAGGCAAAUAUGAAGUCAAAUACAGGCUGGAAUGGCAAAUAACGCUGAUGCCACAGGUCCGUCCUCACAGGCAAGGCAAGAGCUUUGUAUUUAUGGCCGAACUCACAAGCUGAAAAUUUCAUGAUCAGUGUGCUGAGAGCAAAGUCCCAGAAGGUAAAAGAUGGGGUAGCUCAGUGUUGGGCAUUUCUGGGAGACUCAGAUAGCCCAGCCGCGACGGAUUUCUGGAUGUACUCCAUCAUCAGCAUCCUGGUGGAGAGGGACAUUGAAGAUGAGGCUGUUGUGGGUCUUUUUGAUAACGGAUGUGUGUGGGCAAUCAAGCCAGGAGACACAGACCAGGAUCAGAAAAUGUUCCUGUUAGUGGGAAUAGCCAUAGAUGGUAAAAAGUGUGGUGGGAUUUGUGAAAUCCUGCUGGUGGAUGAAGACAAGGUGAUGGAUGUCAGAAGCAAAGGCAGUGACAGCAGAUCUAUCCCUAGUGGCAUGACUCCCAGACCACUGAUCUUCCUCUUGGGCAAGAAUGGAGUCCACAGAGGAGUCCUUAUUUAAAAAGACCAGGAUGUGACUGUGAGCAUGAAAGCAUGGCACAAAUAGUGCCAAAGAGACAGACAGCUGCCCGAGCACAGAGAAGGGAAUUAAAGGGAGUUAAACCUGGUUUUGCUGCUUCUUUCAGAUGAAGCUGCUGAGCAGGCAGCAGUGCUGGGACACCAACAGUCCACCUGAGCAGGUGUGGUACA